UCGGGAUUCAAAUAGCCUCACACACCGCCAAAUUCGCCCGAGUCACGAGUUUGAAACUCAGAAAAACUGAGUUACCAUAUAUUUCUAAGCCCACUAAAUAUAUAAAUGGAGAACCCUAUUCACUAUAAACUCCUUGUAGCAGAGUGUAGUUUUUCCGUUUAGGGCAGAGAAGCCUCGUCACCGUUCACGUUACAACUCCUCUCAUCGCCGGAACCCUUUCAACUCUUCAUCACUGGCGCUGCAUCUUCUUUAACAAGGUGCAAUCCAAACCAGUAUAAGUAACAAGGUGAUCAUCACUGUGGUGAAUAACUGUUUUGUGUUGUGUUUUAAAAACAAAAUAAAUUGGUGUAUGGUGUGAUUUGGAUAGAUUGUGAAUUUGAUUGGUAGAAUGAGGGCUUCCGUGGAUAGAUCAGUGAGGCGAGGCAGAAAAAGGCGUCAAAACUAUGUUCAGAAUGAUCAGGUGGAUCCAAAUGGGAAGAAACGGGCUAUAGUGUUGAGGCCUAAGGCGUUUUUGGGAACAUAUGUUAGGAAGGAGUUUAAGGGCUGUGGGAAAUAUAUGGGGAAGAUCAUAUCUUAUGAUACUGGUUUGUAUAAGAUUGUUUAUGAGGAUGGAGAUUUUGAAGAUAUGGAUAGCAGUGAAGUGAGAGUGGUUUCGUUUGAAGAUGAUGAGUUGAAUGGUCAAUGGUUGAAAAGAAAGAAGAAGCUGGACAAAUUAGUUGCUAGGAUGGAGGCAACGAGUACUAAGUCUUGUGUUGAGAAUCCAGCUGAGCCAGUUAAUGGCGUAAUUGAUAAGUUUGAGCCAAAAGAUCGGGGCAUAGGUUGUUCAGAUAAACUUGAGGUCAACCACCAAGGACGUGAUUCUGAUUUGGUGAGUGAUUUGUCUGAAUAUUAUAUGGAGCAGGAUUUGAGUUCGGGGGUAGAAGUGCCUCUAAUUCCUGCACCUCAACUGCCUCCUUCAUCUGACAGUAUUGGUAUUCCAGAGGAGUAUGUAUCAUACCUCUUGUCUGUCUAUAGUUUUUUACGGUCGUUUAGUAUCAGAUUGUUUUUAUAUCCAUUUGGACUUGAAGAUUUUGUCGGAGCACUCAACUGCUCUGCUCCAAACACAUUGUUCGACUCUGUUCAUGUUGCCCUUAUGUGUGCUUUGAGGCGCCACCUCAACAAGCUGUCAUCUGAUGAUUCUGUGCUUGCAUCAAAGUGCCUAAGGGGCAUUGAUUGGGGCUUGCUUGAUACAAUGACUUGGCCAGUGUUUUUAGUUCAUUAUUUAACAGUAAUGGGAUACAUAGAACAACCUGGUUGGAAAGGUUUUUAUCCCCAUACUUUGCAGAGGGAAUAUUACUUGUUAUCUGCUGGAAGGAAGAUCAUGGUUUUGCAGAUUUUGUGUGAUGAUGUUCUAGAAUCUGAAGAAAUAAGAACAGAAAUCAACACGCGUGAAGAAUCAAAGUUAGCUAUUGAGUCAGAUAUACUUACAGAUGUUGCUUGUGUCAGUGCACCAAGAAUAGUGCAUCCUAGAUAUGCUAAAACUUCUGCCUGUAAGGAACAAGAAGCAACCGAGCUCUGUAAAGAAAAUCAUGAAAGAAAGCAGGGUUGUAGUACCGAUAGUUUAGGACCCAAGGUUAGUAACCAAGAUUAUGUCUCUGGUGUAGUUCAAAACAGUAACAGUGAUGAGUGCUGUCUCUGCGCUAUGGAGGGGACUUUGCUUUGCUGUGAUGGGUGUCCAUCGUCUUACCAUGCAAGGUGCAUUGGAGUUAGCAAGACACAUAUACCAGAAGGGGAAUGGUAUUGUCCUGAAUGUACAAUCAACAAAAUUGAACCAAAAAUUACGAGGGGAACAACUCUGAAAGGAGCAGAGCUUUUUGGUGUUGAUUCGUAUGGACAGAUCUUCAUGGGUACUUGCAGUCAUUUGCUUGUGUUGAAGGCCUUGGCUGGCGCAGACUCUAUUUUCAGAUACUACAACGAGAAGGGCAUUCCCAAAGUCCUGCUAGCACUUAAUGCAAAUGCGCAGCACAGUACUUUAUAUCUGGAGAUAUGCAAAGGAAUAAUGCAAUACUGGAAAAUUCCUGGCAAUGUCUUUUUCCCUGAUGGUGAACUGUCUGAAAUUGGUUCCGACAGACCAAAUGGAACAAAAUGUACUAGUUUCUCUACAUUGUCACUUAGUUCAUUGAUCAAGGGAAGUGCUGAACAAGUUGGAGUGGAAUAUAUUGCACCUGGUGGUUGCUUUUACAUGGGGUCAUCCUUUAAACCUCAACAAUACAUAAAUAGUUAUCUGCAUGGAGAUUUUGCUGCAUCUGCUGCUGCAAAUCUAGCUGAACUUUCUCCUGGAGAAAACCAAGGUACUGAGAGUCAUGCUUCAGACAAUAGGCAGAAACUUUCUGCCAAUGCUUUACUUCAAGCAAAAGCUUUCUCAUCAGCGACAACACGCUUUUUUUGGCCGAAUACUGAAAAGAAGGUUGUGGAAGUACCAAGGGAAAGAUGUAGUUGGUGUCUUAAUUGUAAGGCUGCUGUGACUAGUAAGAAAGGAUGCUUGUUAAAUGCUGCAGCAUCAAAUGCCAUUAAGGGGGCUGUGAAGAUACUUGCUGAUCUUCGUUCUGCAAGUGUUGGGGAGGGAAAUCUACGUGGUAUUGCUACAUAUAUUAUAUUGAUGGAGGAGGGCUUAUGUGGUCUGACAGUUGGUCCUUUUCUAAGUACAGCUUUUAGAAAAAAAUGGCGUAAACAGGCAGAAGAAGCUACUAGUUGCACCGUGAUAAAGUCUCUUCUGCUUCAAUUUGAGGAGAAUAUCCGGUUUGUUGCUUUUUCUGGGGACUGGUUUAAGCUUGUUGAUUGUGGGACAUCUGAAUCUUCCAUCACUCAUUCAACUGCUGGUGUUGUGGAAUCAUCUCAUAGGCAUAAAUCACGGAGGCGAGGUAGAAAACCAUCGUUAAUGGUUAAAGUAACGGCUGAUGAUUGCAAAAAUAAACUGAAGGACUUCACUUGGUGGAGAGGAGGCAUACUCUCGAAGCUUCUCCUCCAGAAAGCAACUCUACCUCGAUCAAUGUUGAAGAAAGCAGCGCGUCAUGGUGGUUUGAGAAAGAUACCUGGUAUUUAUGAUGCUGAAGGGUCCAAGACUGCCAAAAUAAGCAGGCAGCUUGCUUGGCGAGCUGCAGUUGAUGUGUGUAAGACAAUAUCACAACUUGCACUUCAGGUCAGGUACCUAGAUAUGCAUGUGAGAUGGAGUGAUCUUGUUAGUCCUGAACAGAGCCUCCUGGAUGGAAAAGGUCCCGAGUCAGAAGCAUCUUCCUUUAGAAAUGCUUCCAUAUGCCAUAAAAGAAUAGUUGAAAAUGAGGUUAGAUAUAGUGUUGCUUUUGGAAAUCAGAAACAUCUCCCAUCUCGUGUCAAGAAGAGUAUAGUAGAAGUAGAGCAAAGUCAGGAGGAGGGAAAGGAAAAAUAUUGGUUUUCUGAGUCGCGGAUUCCUUUGUAUUUAAUAAAAAAUUAUGAAGAGAACUUGGAAAAAGAUCUCCCCUCAGCCAACAAGUUUGCUGAUGCACUUCCCAAGUUGCAGAAAAGGUGCUUGGUGGCUUCUUGUAAAGAUAUAUACUCUUAUCUUGCACAGAAGAGAGAUGGCAAUGCUAAAUAUUGUUGUGCUUCAUGUGAAACGGAUGUGUUACUUAGAAAUGUAGUCAAGUGCAAUACAUGCCAAGGUCUAUGUCACAAGCAAUGUACCAUUAGUUCAACAGUUAUUGCUAAUGAGGAGACUGAGUUUAUGACCUCCUGCAAACAGUGUUAUCAGAAUACAGCUUUAACACAAGCUGAAAGUAGUCAUGAAUCUCCUACUAGUCCUUUACUGAUGCAAGGAAAAGACAUUCCAAUUCCCGUGUCAGCCAGAAAAGGAGGAAAAGUUGGUAGUUCUAGCAAUCCAUCUGCAUCCACCGCGACUCUAAAGCAUUCUUCUAAGGUGAAGCAUGCUAGUUCAAAUUUGGCGACACGAUGGAAGCACCACUGGGGCGUUAUUUGGAGAAAGAAUAAUGAGGAUACUGGUGAUUUUAGAUUUAAACACAUUCUUCUGAGGGGAAAUCCAGAUUGUGGUUCAGUAAGACCUAGUUGCCGCCUUUGCUGUAAGCCAUAUGAUCCUUAUCUAAUGUACAUCCAUUGUGAAACAUGCACAUAUUGGUACCACGCUGAAGCUGUUGAACUUGAGGAGUCAAAGAUUUUUGAAGUGGUGGGGUUCAAAUGUUGCAAGUGUCGUAGGAUUAAAAUGCCCAUCUGUCCUUACUUUGAUCCAACAAGCAAAAGACAAGUAGUGGAAAAGAGGACGUGCGCAAAGGCUUCAAAGAUGGAUAGACAAGGAAUUGAUUCUGGGUUCAUUUCAGAGCUACAGAAAGAUGAGAAUAUGGCCACUCCAGCUUUAGAGGAUAAUAAGCCUCUUUCCGCUGUUGAAGAACUUACUGAGCACUUUCCAGUGGGUGAUUGUGAACGGAAUGUGGAAACAAUGUCUGUGCCAGGUCAAAGAGAACAGUCAGUCAGAAGUCAUAUAGAGAAUGAGACUGAUUUGAAAUCUUCUGAGUUAUCCACUCCUCUUGGAGGAGGAAACAUAGUGUUCCCUAAAGAUGAAAUGCCAACUCAUGUUGAACCGGGUGCUAAGCAGCCAGUAAGAAGACAUAUAAGACUUGAGAAGGAUUCAGAUACCCCUUUUGCAAGCGAUCCCUUGAAUGUUCUGAGGAAUACUUCAAGGGAGAGUUCUGAGGAAUAUGGUCAUGGAUGCAAGUAUAUGGAGUUUGAGCCUCAGACCUGUUUCUCUUUCAACGAAUUACUUGCAUCGGAUGAUCUUGGCCCAUUGGAUGGAGUUGACUCGUCUGCCACUUUAAACAAGGAUGUUGAAACAUCAUCAAGGUUUCUACCCAAUAAGAAUGCUGAUACGUCUUAUGUCGAGCACGAGCCUGCAGUUAGUACAAUACCUACUGCUGCUUUUGCAGUACCAUGUAAGAUGUGUUCACGUAAAGAACCAUGCCCUGAUCUUUGUUGUGAAACAUGUGAAAUAUGGAUCCACCGUCAUUGUUCACCUUGGAAUGACGAGGAGUCUGGAGAAGAUGAUUGGAAGUGCGGCAACUGUAGGGAAUGGAGAUGAUUGAUGCUUAAUCACUAUGUAAGGUGGUGCAUCUUGGGCAUACACAAUGGCUGAUUGAAGGGGCUUACCAUUGCUACUUUUCAUCACAAUUGGAGAAUGAAACAAAAUGAGAAAGCCCCUCGUGAUGUCUGCCAAGUAAAUUAGUCUGUUUUUGUCAUAAAAAGGUAUAAUUUCCCCAUGAUACAGGAGUAAUUGGGUUGAUUCAGAAAGACUUCACCAUGCACAGAUUCUUCGAGAAAAGAUUAUUAGGAGGCUGUGGUAAUUCGCUCCAGCCUUGAUGGAUAAGCAACCUUUCUCAUUGGUGCUUAUCUGAUAUUUUUACUGUAAAAAGAGGCCCUUCAGUUACCAAUUCUUUUCGUUAUCAUUGAAUGACCUAAACGUUUAAAUAGAAAGAAGACAUUAUGAUGGAUAUGAUAUAU